CGAUUGAGAUUAAAAGUGGGCGUCUUGCUGAAGAGCCCCGGUCGCCUGCGAUGGGAUCUCUGAUCGGGGACUCGAUCCACAGUUUGCAUUCUUUAGUAACUGCUUCCAUUCCCCGAAAGGUCGUUGUGGCUCGGUAGCAGGUUGGUGCGUCCAGGCGUCGCGCCUGUAUUUUUUUGCAGGAAAAAUGGCUUUCGAGAUUUCGGCGCUCAUCAUUCUGUGCGCGCUCCAAGCUGCGGCCCCUCAAGGAUUGGUCCCUCGGGGACCCAGGCCAGUACCCGGCCGAGGUGACAGCCCAGAUCCGACUCCGCCUCCACUUCUGCCGAUACCCCCAGGUUGUAUGAAUGGGAUAAUCGACUGUCCCAUCAAGGUGUUCUUCACCCUGGACACCUCGGAGACUAUCGCCCUACACGAGGCCCCGCCUGGCAGCCUGGUGAAAACAGUCAUGGAGUUCACGAAGGUCUUUGCCCAGAGGCUGGUCGACGAGCAGUACAAGGGCCAGGUCCAGAUGUCCUGGUCCAUAGGAGGCCUGAACUACUCUGAGACGCAGCACGUCUUCAGCCCGUUCACAACCAAGGAGACCUUCAUCAGGAACCUCAACAGGAUCGUGUAUGAAGGCAAAGGCACCCACACCGACUGCGCCCUCCAAAGAAUGACUCAACAACUAACCAACCACUACUCCGGGACCAAGCCCGUCCUCUUCUCUGUGGUCAUCACUGACGGGUAUGUGACGGCAGAGCCGUGCGGAGGGAUGAGGGAGAUGGCGGACAAGGCCCGGGAGAAGGGAAUCCAAAUUUUCUCAGUGGCAGCGUCCAGGAGCGUCGAUGAACCGGGAAUGAAGGACAUAGCCGGCCCGCUCCAUGAAGUGUACCGUGACGACUACAAGGUUGUGGACAUCGUCAGCGGGAGGCCAGAAAUAAACACCGCAUCCAUCCAUCGCAUCAUACAAAUUAUGAAACAUCAAGCCUAUGCACAGUGCUACCAACUAAAAUGCUUGAAGACACCCGGGAUGCCCGGGCAACCGGGGCCCGACGGUCCGAAAGGCUCAAAGGGAGACAGGGGUUUUGCUGGGAGAAAAGGAGAGACGGGCAAACAGGGUGAUCCCGGCAUUGAAGGUCCAAUCGGAAAACCUGGUCCGAAGGGAGAGACUGGUCUGAGAGGUGACAAGGGUGAAAUCGGAACAGUUGGAGCAAAGGGUGUGGUGGGAGUAGCUGGCGGGAAUGGAACUGACGGUCGAAAGGGUAAAAUGGGCCAUGUUGGAGCUCCUGGUUGCAAAGGUGAUCCGGGUGACAAGGGAUCAGAUGGUUACCAGGGAGACUUUGGAGCCACGGGGCCACCCGGUGAAAAUGGAGCAAAGGGAUAUCUAGGGCUCCCUGGGAAGUCGGGUCGUCCGGGCCUUCAGGGCAACCCAGGAGCAAAGGGGGAUGUUGGACAUCCUGGAAAUCCAGGGCCACCAGGAGAAAAGGGUUUUGUGGGAAUUGGUGGCUUACCUGGAGAAGGAGGUGAAGGGGGCCGGAGAGGAGACCCAGGGACAAAGGGAAGGCCGGGCCCCGAUGGGCUAAAAGGAGAAAAGGGAGAACUGGGGCUGCUGGGAGCCAGAGGACGGCCCGGAGAAGACGGAUUCAAGGGCGCGAAGGGAGACCCAGGACUGCCAGGACCGAGGGGUCCGACGGGAGAACCGGGGGGUCCCGGAAAAACUGGCCCAAUAGGAAAUCCCGGAGAUCCUGGAAGAAGGGGAGACUCAGGGCCACCUGGACCAAAAGGUGACAACGGAAGACCGGGAUUCAGCUAUUCUGGACCGAGAGGACCAGCUGGAGACAAAGGCGAUCCGGGUAGAAAAGGACCCACGGGGAGCAGAGGUGAUUGUGGUGCUAAAGGGGAAGCUGGAAAUAACGGACCACCAGGAGACUCUGGGGAGCCGGGUCAGCGGGGUCAGCCCGGGGAGAGAGGACCCAGAGGAGAUAGUGGACCAGACGGGCACCCAGGACCAGCGGGGGAUCCGGGGCUUAACGACUGUGACGUCAUGAGUUACAUGAGGGAGACGUGCGGUUGCUGUGACUGUGAGAAGCACUGUGGAGCUCUGGACAUUGUAUUUGUAAUUGAUAGCUCCGAGAGCGUCGGGCUCACCAACUUCACUCUGGAAAAGAACUUUGUUAUCAACACCAUCAACCGGUUGGGAUCUAUGGCCAGCGACCCUACGUCGACAAGCGGCACACGAGUCGGAGUCGUUCAAUUCAGUCACAACGGGACCUUCGAGGCCAUCCGUCUCGACGAUCCCAAAAUCAACUCCAUGUCGGCCUUCAAAGCGGCAGUGAAGGAGCUGCAGUGGAUAGCCGGCGGCACCUUCACCCCCUCGGCCCUAAAGUUUGCCUACGAUAACCUCAUCAGGGACGGCAAGAGGGCCCGGGCCAAAGUGUCCGUGGUGGUGAUCACAGACGGCCGCUUUGACCCGCGCGACGACGACCACCUGCUCCAGUACCUCUGCGACAACGGCGUGGUGGUUAACGCCAUCGGGGUCGGCGACAUGUUUGACAAGACACAGGAUAACGAGAUCCUGGACUCCAUCGCGUGCAACAAGAAGGAGCGCGUCACCGAGAUGGGUCGCUACGUCGACUUGGUGUCCGAGGUGUUCAUGAACACGAUGGAGAACGUCCUCUGCCCCGACCCUGUGGUGGUGUGCCCUGAUCUCCCCUGCCAAAGCCUGCCCGAUGUGUCUGCGUGCGUCCAGCGGCCGGUGGAUUUGGUGUUUCUGCUGGACGGCUCGGAGCGCCUCGGGCUGGAGAAUUUCCGGCUGGUCCGUGAGUUCGUGCAGAAGGUGGCGGAGAACUUGGCCCUGGCCGGCAGCGGCAACGACCCCAUGAGAGCCCGCUUGGCGUUGGUAGAGUUCGGCAAGGAGGUCGAGAACAGAGUGGCCUUCCCUCUCACGCACGACCCCGCCGUCAUCGCCGGCGGCAUUGCGCGCUUGGGUUAUCUCGACACUUCUUCGAGCGUGGGGCCCGCCAUCACCUACGCCAUCGACAACAUCCUGAGCAGGGGGAGAGGUCGCAAGACGAGACCCAACGCGGAGGUGUCAUUUGUGUUCAUCACAGACGGCGUCACCGACAGCAGCGACCUGGACGAGGCGGUGAGCGCGAUGCGCAGGGAACAGGUGAUUUCCACGGUGGUAGCCACGAGCAGUGACGUUAACCACGACGUCCUGAUGAAGCUGGCCAUGGAUGACAAGGACGCCAUCUUCGUGGGAAAAGACUUGUCCGAUCUGGCCCGGUCCAGUUUGUUUGACCGUUUCAUCCAGUGGGUGUGUUGAGGACAGAGACCACACGGAUGCAGACGUCAUACUUGGUCGCACUGCUGUCAAUCUUGCAUUUUCACACUGGUUUACUAAGAUUAUUCUGUGCACUGUACAAUUUGCAAAUGAUCCCACGGCAUUGUGCUUUG